GACCGAACUGUCAGUCGCGGUUGCGUAGAUGGAGUUGACGUAAUCUCUUCGGUAAAUCAAGGCAGUCUAUCAAUUCUUUUUCGCUUGUGUGCAGAUACAGGACUUCCUUUUUAAUUUAAACUGGAAAACAACGGAAAAAUACGUCGCACGCAUUGGAAGUCCGGCGGAGGAGGCCGCUAUAAUGGGUGUUUUUCAUAAAAGUGGACGUUACAACCAAUGUUCUGCUUGCAUAUACUGAUAAACACUGACGCCCAUAGUGGUCGCUGCUCCCGUAUGGUCCCGCUGUCGUCUCACUGAAAACCUCCAAAAGCAGGAAGGACCUAUUUCUGAAAAAAGGAAGAACAAUCCUCUUGGGAUCCGGCCGUAAACGCCGCCGCCAUGUCGGGGUCUGUGAAAGUCGCGGUCCGGGUUCGACCCUUCAACUCCCGGGAGAUGGGGAAGGACUCCAAAUGCAUCAUUCAUAUGCAAGGCAACUCCACCACCAUUUCAAACCCUAAAUUCCCCAAGGAACCAGCAAAGAACUUCAGCUUUGAUUACUCCUACUGGUCACACACCACACCAGAGGAUCCAGCUUUCUCGUCACAGAACCUCGUGUACAAUGACAUCGGGAAGGAGAUGCUGCAGCACGCCUUCGAGGGCUACAACGUCUGCAUCUUCGCCUACGGCCAGACGGGGUCUGGGAAGUCCUACACCAUGAUGGGCAAGCAGGAGGAGGGGCAGGAAGGCAUUAUCCCCAUGCUCUGCGAGGACCUCUUUGAGAAGAUCAACGAGGACAACACCCCAGGAGACCUGUCCUACUCGGUGGAGGUCAGCUACAUGGAGAUCUACUGCGAGCGCGUGCGCGACCUGCUCAACCCCAAGAACAAAGGGAACCUGCGCGUGCGAGAGCACCCCCUGCUGGGCCCCUACGUGGAGGACCUGUCCAAGCUGGCCGUCACCUCCUACACCGACAUCGCUGACCUCAUGGACGCCGGCAACAAGGCCAGGACGGUGGCCGCCACCAACAUGAACGAGACCAGCAGCCGCUCCCACGCCGUGUUCACCAUCGUGUUCACGCAGAAGAGGCACGACAACGAGCCCGAGCUCUGCACUGAGAAGGUCAGUAAGAUCAGCCUGGUGGACUUGGCCGGCAGCGAGCGAGCCGACUCGACGGGGGCCACAGGAACCAGACUAAAGGAGGGCGCAAACAUCAACAAGUCUCUGACCACGUUAGGGAAGGUCAUCUCUGCCUUGGCCGAGGUGAGCAAGAAGAAGAAGAAGAGUGACUUCAUCCCGUACCGAGACUCCGUUCUCACCUGGCUGCUCCGGGAAAACCUCGGCGGGAACUCCAGAACAGCCAUGGUGGCCGCCCUCAGCCCCGCCGACAUCAACUACGACGAGACGCUCAGCACGCUACGCUACGCCGACCGCGCCAAGAACAUCAAGUGCAACGCGGUGAUCAACGAGGACCCGAACAACAAGCUGGUCCGGGACCUGAAGGACGAGGUGACCCGUCUGAAGGACCUGCUCCGUGCCCAGGGCCUGGGCGACAUCCUGGACACGCCCCUGGGCUCCCUGACCGCCUCGCCCUCGUCUGGGUCGCUCUGCAGCCCGGCGGGCCUGCAGUCGGCCAGCAGCAUCCAGGAGCGCAUCAUGUCAACCCCCGGGGGGGAGGAGGCCAUCGAGAGGCUGAAGGAAUCUGAGAAGAUCAUCGCUGAGCUCAACGAGACAUGGGAGGAGAAGCUCCGGAAGACGGAGGCUAUCCGCAUGGAGAGGGAGGCCCUGCUGGCCGAGAUGGGCGUGGCCAUCCGCGAGGACGGCGGGACCCUGGGCGUCUUCUCCCCUAAAAAGACCCCCCACCUCGUUAACCUGAACGAGGACCCCCUCAUGUCGGAGUGCCUCCUCUACUACAUCAAAGACGGGAUCACCAGAGUGGGCCAGGCGGACGCGGAGAGACGGCAGGACAUCGUUCUGAGCGGCGCCCACAUCCGGGAGGAGCACUGUGUGUUCCGCAGCCAGAGGAACGCCAACGGAGACGUGAUCGUCCUGCUGGUUCCCUGCGAGGCGUCGGAGACCUACGUCAACGGUAAACGGGUGGAGGACUCCACCCAGCUGCGCUCAGGCAACCGCAUCAUCAUGGGCAAGAACCACGUGUUCCGCUUCAACCACCCGGAGCAGGCCCGGGCGGAGCGGGAGAAGACCCCCACGGCCGAGACCCCCGUGGAGCCCGUAGACUGGACCUUCGCCCAGAGGGAGCUGCUGGAGAAGCAGGGCAUCGACAUGAAGCAGGAGAUGGAGAAGAGGCUCACCGAGAUGGAGAUCUUAUACAAAAAGGAGAAGGAGGAAGCAGACCAGCUCCUGGAACAACAGAGACUGGUGUAUGAGAGCAAACUGCAGGAGCUGCAGAAGCAGGUGGAGACGCGCUCCCUGGCGGCCGAGACCCCCGACGAAGAGGAGGAGGAGGAGGAAGAGGAGGAGGAGGAAGUGCCGUGGACCCAGCAUGAGUUUGACCUGGCCCAGUGGGGCUUCAGGAAGUGGAGGUACCACCAGUUCACCUCUCUGCGGGACCAGCUGUGGGGCAACGCCGUGUACCUGAAGGAGGCCAACGCCAUCAGCGUGGAGCUCAAGAAGAAGGUCCAGUUCCAGUUCGUGCUGCUGACGGACACCCUGUACUCCCCGCUGCCCCCCGAGCUGGUGGCCCCGGAGCCCCAGAAGGACCGCGACGCGCGCGCCUUCCCCCGCACCGUGGUGGCCGUCGAGGUGCAGGACCUCAAGAACGGGGCCACCCACUACUGGUCCCUGGAGAAGCUCAAGCAGCGGCUGGAGCAGAUGAGGGAGAUGUACGACCGGGCUGGAGAGAUGGCCUCGUCCAAUCAGGAGGACUGUGAGGGCACGAUGACAGGAAACGACCCCUUCUACGACCGCUUCCAUUGGUUCAAGCUCGUGGGGAGCGCCCCCAUCUUCCAAGGCUGCGUCAACGAGCGCCUGGUGGACCGCACCCCCUCCCCCACCCUCUCCACCACCGACUCGGAGAUCACGGAGAUGGCGGACGAGCGGCACAGCGAGAUGUCGGACCUGCUGGACGACGAGGCCUUCGUGGACGACGCCAGCUCGGACGCCGGCACGGAGGAGGAGGGCUCGGACCUGUUCAGUGACGGCCAGGACCCCUUCUACGACCGCUCCCCCUGGUUCAGCCUGGUGGGAAGGGCCUUCGUCUACCUGAGCAACCUGCUGUACCCAGUGCCACUGGUGCACCGCGUCGCCAUAGUGACGGAGAAGGGCGAGGUGCGCGGCUUCCUGCGGGUGGGGGUCCAGGCCAUCGCAGCGGACGAGGAAGCGCCUGACUACGGCUCGGGGGUGAGGCAGUCGGGGACCGCCAAGAUCUCCUUCGAUGACGAGUACUUCAAAAAGAUCGACUUCCCCCCCAUGGUGAUGACCCGCUCUGGCCUCUCCCUGGAGGAGCUGCGUUUCGUGGAGGGUCAGGGUCAGAGUUCAGAGGUCAACACGCCCUCGGAGGAGCUCAACAGGAUCAAUGAUAUGGACCUGAAGCUGAAGGAGGGCGACGGCAAGCUGCUGGAGGGCGGGGAGCUGGCCGGCCAGCUGGAGGUGGGCAGCGUGUUCACCUUCCGCGUCACCGUGCUGCAGGCCAGCGCCAUCCUGCCCGAGUACGCUGACAUCUUCUGCCAGUUCAAUUUCCUGCACCGUCAUGACGAGGCGUUCUCCACCGAGCCACUGAAGAACACGGGGAAAGGAGCUCCACUGGGCUUCUACCACGUCCAGAACAUUUCGGUGGAGGUGACAGAGUCGUUCAUCGAGUACAUCAAGACCAAGCCCAUCGUGUUCGAGGUGUUCGGUCACUACCAGCAGCAUCCGCUGCACCUGCACGGCACGGAGCUCGUCAGGUCUUCUGCCCCCUCCAGGAAGUACUACCCCAUCCCAAUGCCCCUGUCCAAGCCAGUGGCCGCCACUAAACUCAACACCAUCACCAAGUCCAACCUGGGUCAGUGCGUGAGUCGCUACGACCUGCUGGUCUGGUUCGAGAUCAGCGAGCUGGAGCCCACUGGAGAGUACGUCACACACACACACGCACAUUCACACACACACACACACACACACACACACACACACGUACACAUUCACACACACACACACACACACACACACACACUUCACCGUCCAUCAAUAGUUCAAUAGUUAGUCCCCAAGUCCUUUCUCAUUAUUUCCCCCCCCCCUUGUGAUGAUCCCUCGGUGUACUCUGGUGAUUGUAGUUCUGCUCUACUUGUAGUCCUGCUCCAUGUUUGUAGUUCUUCUAGCCUGUCGCGGCUCUGAGCUAACUGUUCUGCUCGCUGCAGGACCUUCUACCGCUUCGAGGCGGUGUGGGACAGCUCUCUGCACAACUCCCUGCUCCUGAACCGGGUCACCCCCUACGGAGAGAAGAUCUACAUGACCCUGUCCGCCUACCUGGAGCUGGACCACUGCAUCCAGCCUGCCAUCGUAACCAAAGACAUCUGCAUGGUGUUCUACUCCCGGGACGCCAAGAUCUCCCCCCCACGCUCCCUCAGGAACCUCUUCGGGAGCGGCUACUCCAAGACCCCCGACUGCAACCGAGUGACGGGCAUCUACGAGCUCAGCUUGUGCAAGAUGUCCGACACAGGAAGCCCAGGCAUGCAGCGCAGGCGGAGGAAGGUGCUGGACACCUCGGUGGCCUACGUCCGCGGGGAGGAGAACCUGGCGGGCUGGAGGCCCCGGGGGGACAGCCUGAUCCUGGAGCACCAGUGGGAGCUGGAGAAGAUGGAGCAGCUGCACGAGGUGGAGAAGACGCGCCACCUGCUGCUGCUGAGGGACAAGCUGGGCGAGGUGCCCCCCACCUCCACCACCUCCACCUCCAACACCACCACCACCACCACCACCACCCACAAGUCCCUGAGCGAGUCCCUGUCCCCCAGCAUGAGCUCGGGCACGCUCUCCAACUCCACCUCCAUCUCCUCGCAGAUCUCCUGCACCACCUUCGAGAGCGCCGUCACCCCCAGCGAGAGCAGCGGUUACGACUCGGCCGACAUCGAGAGUCUGGUGGACCGCGAGAAGGAGCUGGCCACCAAGUGCUUACGUCUCCUGACCCACAGCUUCAACAACGAGUACAGCCAGCUCUGCAACAGCAUCAGCGACUGCAAGCUGUCGGACAUCUCGCCCAUGGGUCGCGACCCCUCUGUGACCAGCUUCAGCAGCGCCACCCUCACCCCCUCCUCCACCUGCCCCUCCCUCUCCGACUCCCGCUGCGGCUCCAUGGGCCAGAAGACCCCGGAGAACGGCUCCCGGGCCUGCAGCCCGUCCUGCUCUGACUACGAGUCGUUCCCCGCGGUGCCCAGCCUGGAGGCCUCCUUCCUCGCCCGCGCCGGCAAGAACGAGUUCCUCAACCUGGUGCCCGACAUCGAGGAGAUGAGGCCAGGGUCGGUGGUGUCCAAGAAGGGCACGCUGAGCUUCAUGGAGCCGCGCUCCAACUCGUGGGUGAAGCACUUCGUGGUGGUGCGCCGCCCCUACGUCUUCAUCUACAACAGCGACAAGGACCCCGUGGAGCGGGGGGUCCUCAACCUGUCCACCGCCCAGGUGGAGUACAGCGAGGACCAGCAGGCCAUGCUCAAGACCCCCAACACGUUCGCUGUCUGCACCAAGCACAGAGGCAUCCUCCUGCAGGCCAGCAACGACAAGGACAUGAACGACUGGCUGUACGCCUUCAACCCCCUGCUGGCCGGGACGAUAAGGUCCAAGCUGGCGAGGAGGCGUGGCCCGCUGGUGAAGAAGUGAGGAGCGGCGUCGGUGUGGGGGCUCCAGGCCCCCCCCCCCCCCCCCCCCCCUGAACCAAGUGUUAACACUUAUUAACCAUUGUGAUUCUUGACGGUUUCCUCUCGUAUGUAGACCCCGUGGCUUCAGUCUCCUCUUAUCAAGUACCUGGGCGACCGGUCCUUCCUCUCCCGCUCCUCUUCCUCUCUAUUCCCUCUCCCCCCCUCCCUCCCUGGUUUUUUUUUGUGUUUCAAUGACAAAGUUGUGGUCUAUUUUCGGGCUUCUCCGCUGUCAUCCCUAAGCCCCGCCCCCUCCUUCGACUACUAGUAGCAUGUUGUAAUAGUCCACUUGUGUGUGCACGAUUUCUCCAGCAACAGCCCCCCCCUCUGGCCACUUUUAUUUCUCAGUCGAAUAACCGUCUGUAAAGAUCGUCUAUCUCUAUCAGUGUUACCUGUCUAUCAAAAAGAGUUUUAUUUUUUUGAUUCUUAUUUCGUGCCCGCCUUGUCCCCUGCAGCGGUCCUCAGGAGAAGACCAGAUUUUUUGCUUAUUCGCAACAACAACAAAAGAACCUUAAUGUAACAUAGAAUUCUAACCGAAUUAUGAAGGGAAAAAAAACGAUACUUCAUGCUCCAAGGGCAAAUGCGGUUUGUACGCCCUCCUAUGGGAGGCAAAGCUGGCUAAAGAACUAAUGCUGCUAGGGAUUCAUUGAGGCUUCUCACGCCAGCCGUGGGACCGCGCAUUAAGACGCCAACAUUUUCUUAAGUAGAAGUUAGCUCCACCCUCCCCGAGUCUUCUCCGCCUUUAGAUAAGAGAUAAGCAAACAGAAAAAGAGAAUCAGUUAAGGAUCCUUUAACGGACAACACGGCCUCAUGGCUGUGUUGUCUUUUUUUAACUGACACCUGUCGUCCUGUACAUACACCAGUGCACAGUAGUGCCGUGAGCCAGUGACUUCAGUUAUUUUCAAAGCGAUCAUGCUUAGGCUUGUGUGUGUUUUUAAUUUGUUUAAAUCUAAAUACACGCUAAGCAAAGGGAUAAGCAAGGGCAACAGAGGGUCCUCGACAUCACUACUGUAAAAAAGAUUCAACAUUCGAUAGCUGUCGAGCGACAGCAGAUUCUAUAAGUCCCCGGUAUCACGUCUGCUGCCCAGCUCAGAGCAGACAAGAGCAGCAGAAUGUCAAGUCACCAAAAGAGGGUUUUUCUUUGUAACGAGGCCAGGAGUUAAGCAACAGCGUUUAUACAUAAACCUCCUCCGCCACAUUCCUCUCAGAGCAGGAUCGGCCGUUUGCACAUUUCCUAGCACAACACUUAAACGUGCAAAGCUCGGAAAAUCUGAUCUUUUGCAUCCCGUUUUUUUUUUUUUUUGGUGUGUAUUUUUGUUAUUUUCUGAUCAUUGAUGUUA